AUGUCAUACAUUGGUAACACCUCAGAUGUGGAGCAAGAGAAAACCCUGUCCGAAUAUCGACGGCAGCGCAGCUCCAGCAAUCUGAUGCCGACCGGGACCAAACAAUCGAUAGGCAGUCCGAAAAUGUCCGACGUGCUUUGGAACGAUAAACGUGCCGCGAGUCGUGCGGUCAAUGCCAGCGACGACGACGACUCGGAAGUUUCAGAUAGUGAGAACUUUCUCGCUAAAGGUGCAUUUCUUCUCACGCCCUCGCACGAGCUGUCGAUGGACCGGGCGGCAUUGAUAUGCGAGAAAAUGAACUUCAAGGGUUGCUUCAGCCUAACGAAGACCGCCACCGGAAUACUAUUUAAGUUUUCCAAUCCGGAAGACUAUCAGGCGGUGUUCAAGAAGGGCUUCCACAAGGUGACCGGUGCACGGUUCUACAAAAAGAUAGCCAUCCCCUGCCGGCCCCAGAAGACAUUUAUGCUGUACGUAUUCGACGUACCGGAAGACCUGCCGGAGGAAGACAUCCGGCACUCGCUGUAUCGCUUCAACUCGGUGGUCGAAGUCGUCCGGCUGGUCGUGCAGUAUCAGAAGCCCGCGAUCCAGCCGGAUCCUGGUCAGAUGCACGCGACCGUAGCAGCCACUGGUGCGCCCCAAACGAAACCCCAGGUCCCAAAACUGCCUACCAGCAAGCCAAUCGACGAGCAGGACGUGGCGCUGCAAAAAGAAUCACCACCGCCACCGAUACGCAUCACACUCGCUUCGCUCGAUGAGUACAAUCACCUGUUGCAGAACGGAUUGGACUUCUAUGGAGCUACGUUUUUCCCCACCGAGGCCCAGCUACCACCACACGCCGCCAAGAUUGCUACCAAACGGGGAACACGCAUGAUAGACGGUAGCAUUCCUGGGCGUGUGCGAGAAUUGCUGCCAGUGUUUGAUGCAGCGGGAUUUAGCAAAAUUCCGCCACCGGCAUCGAAAACAAUUAAACCGCGCCCAUAAACUGCAUCAAG